AUGCUAGGCCCAACUUCUCGCACUGCUGUGAGACAAUCUCUAAAACUACGUUCCGGUUUGGGAGCAAGAUUUAUGUCGGAGGGAUCAACAGGAGCUCCAAGAGGUGGAAGUGCAGAUGAUGCUUUUGUGAAGAGAGAACGCGCUCAAGAAGACUAUUAUGUCAGACAACAUGAAAAGGAGCAAUUGGCCAAGUUGAGACAGAAGGUCAAGGAACAAGAGAAGAAGAUUGAGCAGUUGGAAGACAAGGUCAACGGAACCAAAUAG